UCCCCCUCCUCGCGCUUCCCUUUAAGACAUGUCACUUUCCCUUUCGUUCCGCCUGAUACAAAGUAGCGGGGGGCGGAACGUUGGGCACAGCUGGGGGAGCAGCGAGUGGCGCCCGCGGGCGGCGGUCCCGGCAGCCUGGCUGAGCUCUGAGCCGCCUGCCCCGGGCUGGGCCAUGGAGGCCGAGCAGCAGCCCGACAGCCUGGAGGGCUGGGUGGCUAUCCGGGAGAACGCGUUCGCCGAGCCCGAGCCCCACAAGCUGCGCUUCCUUGUGGGCUGGAACGAGAUCGAGAGCAAGUUCGCCGUGACCUGCCGAGGCGGCCGGCCCGGCAGCCGGAGGAGAUGGCGAAGAGACGCGCAGCAGAGCUGGGCUGGCCUGUUCUCGGCGCAGGCCCUGCUGGGCGUACACCGGCAGCUGGCGGCGCUGAGCGAGCGGCUGGAGCCCUGCUUCCCCCAGCUGCCCCCCGUGCUGCCCGGCCAGAGCAGCGGCAGCCUGUGGGCGCUUCUCUUCCCCAGCGGGCCGGUGCUGGAGGAGGCCGAGCUGGAGGCCCUGUGUCGCGGGCUGGAGCGCUACCUGGGCUGGGCGCUGGAGCUGUGCGGCCGCAGGGUGGUGCUGGACUCGCUCUUCGCCCAGGACCAGCAGCAGGAGGCCGAGUACUUCGAGAACCUGCACGAGUUCCGCAGGAAGGCCCUGAAGGGGCAGCUGGUGGGGUCAAAAGAGGCCCUGCGGAGGGUUCUACAGAAGCAUAAAAAUGCUCACACAAUGGUGGCUUUAAUGAAAGUUUAUGAAGAAGAAGAUGAAGCUUAUCAGGAAUUAGUUACCUUGGCAACACAAUUCUACCAAUAUUUACUGCAGCCGUUUAGAGAUAUGCGAGAAUUGGCAACAUUAUACAGACUGGAAAUCCUGAAAUCUUUACAGAUGGAUAGGCUGGGCCCUAAAAGAAUAGAAGCCUUGCAGAAAGAGGCUGAAGAUUGGACUAAGCAGGCCGAAGAAGCGGUGUGCUCCAUUCAGGACAUCACUGUGAGCUACUUCAAAGAAACUGUAACAGCUCUGGCAGCAAUGCACAAACAAAUGGAACAAGAUCAGAAAAGGUUUGGCCAAACCACCUGGGCAUCGGCUUCUCCAAGACUAGAAAACCUGAAGUAUAUGUUAGCUAAAGAGACUCUUCAGCACAUGAGAGCGCGGGAACUAUGCCUGAAUCACAAGAGAGCUGACAUCCGGAAAAAUAUGGAAAACCUAGAUGAACAAGAGGAGAAUGUAGCUCUAGUAGAGAAGCUGGAAAUUGAGUAUUAUGAAACCCAAUUGGAAUUGUAUGAUGUUCAGUUUGAGAUACUUAAACAUGAAGAAAUGCUGCUUAUUACACAGUUGGAAACUUUAAGGAGACAGAUAAAAGAGAAACAGGAUGAAGUUGUUUACUAUGAUACCUGUGAAAAUCCCGAGGAGCUCCACGUCAUUGAGCAGGCAGUGGGACAACAUUGUACCUCCUCAUCAGAAAUCACUAAGCUGAGGCUGAAGACUCAGCACCUGGAGGCUAAACGUGGGACUAUCUGUGCGAGACGAGCCUACCUCAGGAACAAAAAAGAUCAGUGUGAAGAGAGCCACCAGUUUAGACUACAGCAGGCACAGGAAAGCAUAAACCGCAUCCAUCAGCAUCACAGCAUCCAGCUAAAAAGAGACAAGAGGAAAGAGGAGGAGAAGAAGAAAAAAGCGUGGAUAAGCCAGGAACGCCAGAAAACACUGGAGAGGCUGAAAACAUUCAAAGAGAAGUGUCCAGCUGAGUUUGUGCUGAAGACAUCUCGGUCGCAGCCUCGCAGCCCCAAGCAGCCACAGGCCACUUCCCGUCAGACUCUAGCAUUGUCCCCUCAGCCUGUAUCAAGAACGAGUUCAUCCCAUAAGCAGCUGAAAAGCACUCGGCUGGCACAAGCCAGAGGUUUAAAAGCAGAAUGUGGGAAUACCCCAGCAGACAUCCCUGUCCAGAUUUUUGUCCCUGCUGGUGACCCCAAGCAACAAAAGCACAGCGAGGGGCUGAUUUUACCACCACCACCACCUCCACCUCCACCUCCUCCGCCGCCGCCGCCGCCAGUCUGCCAGCCUCUGCCCUUAAAGACACCAGUGACAACCAAAGAUCAGCUGCUUUCCCUCAACAGUGAAAGUGCUGCAAAACAGAGACUAGAUGACUCAUCCAAACGAUCUGUGAAUAAUUAUACAGGAUCCAUGGACGAAGUUUUGGCUUCUUUAAAACGUGGUGAAAUUCUUCUUCGUAAAGUUGAACAGCCCAGUUUGCCACCUUCGAAUGCCUCUAUAAAUGACAGCAUCCUCUCUGCUAUAAGGCAAGGAGUUAAGCUAAAGAAAGUGACUCAAGAUCCCAAGAAAGAUAUUAGUAAAGGAUCCGACAGCGAACUGGAGAGAAGCAUAAAGGCAGCCAUCCAGAGAAUUAAAAAAGUGUCUGCUGAUUCUGAAGAGGAUGAAAAUAGUGAUCACAAUAAUGGAGAAUGGGAUAGUUAAUUGAUCUAGACCCAGAGAUAUAUUGGCUGGAACACUGUUUUUGCCAGUUUGCACACUUUGGGAGCUGAGUUCAGUCUUUGGAGAAAUGAACGAGUGCACGUCUAUGGGAGAACCAAUCCCAUGAUAGUUCAAAAACUCCUGUAUAUUAUUUUAAACUGUCCUGUUGAUUCUUUGCAGAGGUUAAGUAUUUGAGAUACAGGCAAAGCAUAGUUUAAAAUAUAUUCUUACGAGGUGAAAAGAGAUUCCAGCUCACCCAGACUGACUCAGAGCUCUUCAGUGUAGCUGCCGCAAAAGUGGGCUAUAAGUUCAUCGGGGUUAGCCCCAGUGGGCUGCUGGCACUUUAUUUACCUGCAUGUCCACAGAUAUGGCUACAUGGAGCGACAAGCAGCUGUACCUGUGUACCUGCCGACAUGCAGGUAAAUCAAGAGUCAGCAUCCUGCCAGGGGCUAACUCCUGUGAAUCAUGUGCAGCCCAUGGGCUGCUUAUUACCCACCCCUGAGCUACAGGAAGCUAAAUCCAGGAACACAAUCUCCAAAUUACUUUGUGGUGCUGACUUCUGUAUCGUUAAUGAGAGAGCUACCACCAACUUUUAUAGUAAUAAAAAUCAACAGAAAAUCUGUUUCAGACUUAAAAAAUAAUCCUGGCAUUAAAAAAGCAAAAUCAAAUCCUGAGAGAGCUUUUUAAAGGAGUUUGAAAUCCUUUACAUUGCUAUUUCCAGAGACUGUUUUCCUUGAACUCUGUACUGCCCAUAAUACAAAUUACUCUCAACAUUUGUGAAUAAGGGCUUUGCUACUCAUUAGUAAAUAAAUUACCAUGACAUUGUAAGGCCUGCACUGUGGAUGAACUCAGUACUCAUGAAGAGAAAUAUUGUAUAUUGAAAUAAGCACUACUGUAUUAAAGUCCUGAAAGUUUGUUUCAGAUAUGAGCAGGGAAACUAAUGGGCUUUCCAACUUACAUGGAUUGUGAUUUUUUUAAUAUUUAAAGUGUUUUCAAGUACAGUGUCUUUAUUAACACCACCAGCAGUCAUAGUGAAUUGUUGGCAUAGGAGAGGAUGCCAAAAUAUUUUAUGUUCUGCAUUUUCUGGGAUCCAGAAGUGCUGGAUAGAGUGCUGUUACACUUCUAUGUGGGGAAAAUGAGAUUUCAUAUCUGUGCUCAUAAUUUUAUAAUAGCCCAGACAGCCUUAUAAUAUGUGACAAGUAUUUACAUUAUGCCUGGAACCCAACUAUUAAAGUAUACAAUUAAACUGUAUUUAUAGAUCUUAUUUUAUCUUUUCUUGAAUUGAGUGAUACAUAUAAAUGAAUCUCUAUUUUGUUCUUUGAGUUUAUAUU